UUCCAGAUGGCUAAUGAAAUCUUCAAAGGCAAAGUAGCCACCGAAACCAAUAAUUGGAUCAAAUAUCAGCAACCUCUCCUCCCCUCCUCUAGAGGGAAAAAGAGAUAGCGAAAGGUAAGGAAAGAGUCAAGUUUUGAGCUCCCAAAAAGAGUUAACCUUCAUAUUUAUUACGUAACCGCCCUCGCAAUCCUUCUCCAUUCACUGCUGGUAGACAUAAAUAACCCCAAACCGCGUUCAAAACCAAACCUUCAAAAGCCCAUCAUUCCCCUCUCUCUCUACAUUUGUUUUAAUAAAAAUAAUAAAAGGAGGCAGAGAGAGAGAGACGAGAGAAUUUUAUUUUCCUUUUCCUUUUCAAUUAGCUAAUUGUACAAGAAAAGAAAGGAUAGGAGAAGGAUUACUACUAGUAGUAGAUCCGGCACCGGUUUGAAAGUUAUAAUGGAAGGAGUCGGGGCACGGCUGGGGAGGUCUUCCACUCGCUACGGGCCGGCCACGGUGUUCAGUGGGCCGGUGAGGAAGUGGAAGAAGAGAUGGGUCCAUGUCAACCCAUCAUCCAACCACAACAGCUUUCACUCUCAUCACCAUAACGCUACUACUAAUGCUGCUGCUGCUUCUUCUUCAGCCGCUAAUCAUUCGAGCUCUUCUAACGGUAAUAACGGCUCCCAUCUAUUGCUUUACAAGUGGACCGCUUUGUCUCAAUCCAACGGUUCCUCAUCUACUACUAACCACUUCAACGGUAAUAAUAUUAAUACUACUAACGAAAUUGCUAAUCUCUCCAAUGGCGACGUCACCGAGGAGCCUCCCAGGCGUAAAUUCAAAUACAUCCCGGUUGAUUUGCUAGAGAAACAGAAAAAAGAGGCUGAAGAACAAGAGGCAUCAGAAAAGUUUGAUGAUGAAUCGAAACCAAGUGAUACUGACCCUAAUGCUGCAGAGCCAGUUUCCAAGAGUGACAGUGCCGAUGAAAAACCUGACAUCAAUGAUGUACCCAUGGAAGAAAAUCAGGAUGGUAAUCAGGUGGUACGACAAGACCUGAAUGAAAGCACUUUGGAUUUGAGUCUAGGCCUGCUCUCUUGAUGGUGACUGAUUCAAAAGACCUGUCCAGAGAUGGGCAGUUGAAAAGAGUGAAAUAGAAUGGUGUUGAUACAUUGCGGAACCAUUUCUCAAGAUUAUUGACAUAUAGGAUUUUUACCAAAUGGUGUACUUUGUUGCGAAAUCGGAGACAAUUUUCCCUAUGAUCUAUUUGCCCGCCAGUUACUGAGGGAAAGGGUGUGAGUGGCAAAUGCAUUAACUUUUAGUUCAUUUGAAGACCUGUACUGUGCUGAUUGCAUCUUGUAAGAUGACGACAUCUAUUUUUUUAAUCAUUGAACAAUUGAUUUCCCCCCUUCUUUU